GCCCUUCGACGGCAGCCAGCUGCCGGCCGAGGAGUCCGUGGCUGCCGCUGCGGCCGCCAUGGCCUCGCACCACCUGACGCCGCGGAAGCAAUUCACCGAGGAGGCCUCCCCGUUCUCUACAAUGACGUGCAUCGACGCCGAGGCGCAGCUCCCCAGGGGCGCCGCCUCCGAGUCGGCAUUUGGGCGCUGCGCGCCCAACGCCCUGGUCCACGUCUGGGACGAGGUGGACGCCCUCUUCCGCGAUCCCCGCGCCCCACGCUGGGCGGCGAUGGGCUGCAUCGCGGUACUGACGUCAGGAACCGCCCUGGUGGCGGCCGUGUACUUCCUCUUCCUGCAGGAGGAAUGCUCUGAUGGCACGCAACGCCCGCUAGAGGCCGCCUGCCCACUCUGCACUCUGGGCCGCCGCCCUGGCCAGCGCGGGCGUCCGGCGCGGCCGACAGAGGGAGGGCUCCAGUUUCCCCUCCAUGGGCCGGUCACCCCCGAACGUUGCCUCUCAUUUUGUAGCAGCAAACUGACUCGAGCCUUGGCGAGUGGACUUAGCAGCUGCAGUGGCGCCUGCUGCAAA